UUGUUUAUUGUUUACAUAUAAAAGCUGGUAAAUGAUAAAGAAAACUAAAAUACUCAUGUGUUGCAGGAAUUUUGCAAGGCGUACAAGUUGCUUUCCCCUCCUGCACUUGGUAUGAAAGAAGCAACGACAGUUUGCAAUGCAGUGGCCUUACUUCAGUCAAUGGCAUCUCAUCCAGACACAAAGAUGGGUAUUGUGAGAGCUAAAAUGCCUGUUUUCAUCUACCCUUUUAUGAACACUACUGAACAACGACUCAAACAUUUCGACUACUUACGUCUCACCAGUUUAGGUGUCAUCGGUGCCCUUGUGAAGGUGGAGGAUACCAACAGCCCAGAAAUCAUUCACUUUCUUCUUGAAACAGAAGUGAUUCCAUUGUGCCUUCGCUGCAUAGAAGUGGGUGGUGAACUGGCAAAAACGGUUGCAGCUUUUGUGGUUAGUAAGAUUCUAUUGUACGAAGAGGGGCAACGAUAUUGUGGCACAUUUCCAGAAAGGUUUUAUGCGGUUGCACAAGUCUUGAUCAAUGUUGUUGACCAGUUUACCAUAAAACCACCAUUGCAGUUGUUGAAACAUGUGUUAAACUGUUUCUUGCGACUCUCUGAAGUCUCUAGGGCUUGUGAUGCUUUGAGCAAAUGUUACCCUGCCAAACUGAGAGAUCCUGGAUAUCUCAACUUCGCUUGUGAAGAUCCAUAUGUUCGAAGACUAGCUGACCAAGUGCUCCACAACGUGGCUGGCCAUAUAUAG